CUAAAGGAGGGGCAGGAGGAGGGAAGGUGGAAGAGUAUGUUUCACAGAAUACUUUCCGUUUGGUCUCAAACAGUAAGGUGUGUACCAUAUGCAGCAUGUUUUCUUGCCGCCUCAAGCAGCAAGCUGGAAACCUUAAAAUCUUGAGUGUUAAGAUAAGAACAGUAAGAUAAGGGUGUUUAAGGGUUUGUUUUAAGCUGGUCUUCAGAUUGUCGAUUGGAGAGGCCCUCCUGCCUGAAUCCACAGCAGCACCAUGCAGUUCUGGAGCCUUCUCAGCUGUGCACAGGGAGAUAUUUCAAGGAUAUCACAUUACUACACAGAAUAUGACGGACACCUAGCACCCACUAACGGGAUGGCGGCGGCUUACCUGGACCCCAAGCUGAACCAUGCGCUGUGUUCAGGGGUCAAGCCCCGGCUCAGCGCGGCGAUGGAGAGGCCCCCGGGGGCGCUGGAGCGGGUGCUCAAGGUCUUCCACUACUUUGAGAGCAGCAGCGAGCCCUGCACCUGGGCCAGCAACAUCCGACACGGGGACGCCACAGACAUCAGGGGGGUCAUCCAGAAGAUCCUGGACAUCCAUAAGGUGAAGUGUGUCUCCUGCUUCGGCCUGCGCCUCAGCCACCUGAAGACGGGGGAGAUCCACUGGCUGCACCCUGACCUGGGCGUGUCCCACGUGAGGGAGCGCUACGAGCGCAUGCACCCCCAGGAGGAGUGGAGGUAUGAGCUGCGGAUACGCUACUUGCCAAAAGGAUUCCUGAACCAGUUCACAGAAGACCAGCCCACGCUCAACUACUUUUAUCACCAGGUUAAAAGUGACUAUAUCAUGGAAACGGGGGAUCAAGUAGAUCAGGACAUUGCACUUAAACUGGGCUGUCUUGAAAUCAGGAGGUUUUUCCGGGACAUGAGAGGAAAUGCACUGGACAAAAAGUCCAAUUAUGAAUUAUUAGAAAAGGACGUGGGACUAAGAAGGUUCUUCCCCAAGGGGUUGCUGGAGUCUGUCAAGGCAAAAACACUGCGCAAGUUGAUCCAGCAGACCUUCAAACAGUUCGCCAAUCUCAAUGAUGCACAGUGCAUCCUGAAGUUCUUUGAGAUCCUAUCGCCAAUCCACAGAUUUGACAAAGAAUGUUUUAAAUGUGCUCUAGGGUCCAGCUGGGUCAUAUCAGUGGAGCUGGCCAUCGGCCCUGAGGAGGGCAUCAGUUACCUCACAGACAAGGGCUCCACACCCACACACCUGGCCAACUUCACGCAGGUGCAGAGCAUCCAGUACUCCGGCCUGGAGGAGCGUGAGAGGAAGGGCAUGCUGCUGCUGGACGUGGCCGGUGCCCCAGAGCCUCUGACGGUGAUCACGUCGUGUCUGACCACAGCUGAGAACCUGGCUGACCUGAUCGAUGGCUACUGCCGUCUGGUCCACGGGGCGUCGCGGUCCUUCAUCGUCCGAGUGCACAAAGAGGGAGAGAGAGCCCUGCCCUCCAUUCCCAAAUCCACCGCAAAAGUGUCCAACCAUGACAAGCGCUUGGAGGGGGUCAGGACGAGGGCCAUCUCCGUCUCAGAGGACAUAAGCGGGGACGAAACGGAUGACUAUGCUGAGAUCGUAGAUGAAGAGGACACGUACACCAUGCCGUCGAGUAAGUGCAAGUACUAUGGAUUAGAUGAAGCCCGAGAUUAUGAGAUCCAGAGGGACAGGAUCGAGCUGGGCCGCUGCAUCGGGGAGGGUCAGUUUGGAGACGUCCACCAAGGAGUAUACCUCAGCACGGAGAACCCUGCACUGGCAGUAGCCAUUAAGACGUGUAAAAACUGCACCUCAGACAGCGUCCGGGAAAAGUUUCUGCAGGAGGCCUUGACCAUGCGGCAGUUUGAUCACCCCCACAUUGUGAAGCUGAUUGGCGUGAUCACAGAGACUCCUGUGUGGAUCAUCAUGGAGCUGUGUACCCUGGGUGAGCUUCGCUCCUUCCUCCAGGUCAGGAAGUACAAUCUGGACCUGGCCUCACUCAUCCUGUUCUCCUACCAGCUCAGUGCUGCGCUGGCCUACCUGGAGAGCAAACGCUUUGUACACAGAGAUAUAGCUGCUAGAAAUGUGCUGGUGUCCAACAUGGAUUGUGUGAAGCUGGGGGACUUCGGUCUGUCCAGAUACAUGGAGGACAGUUCCUAUUAUAAAGCUUCUAAAGGGAAACUUCCAAUUAAAUGGAUGGCACCAGAAUCCAUAAACUUCAGACGUUUUACCUCAGCCAGUGACGUGUGGAUGUUUGGUGUCUGCAUGUGGGAGAUCCUCAUGUAUGGGGUUAAGCCCUUCCAGGGGGUGAAGAACAAUGACGUCAUUGGCCGUAUCGAGAAUGGCGAACGGCUAGCCAUGCCCCACAACUGCCCCCCUACCCUCUACAGCCUGAUGACCAAGUGCUGGGCCUACGACCCCAGCAAAAGACCUCGCUUCACCGAGCUCAAGGCUCAGCUCUGCACCAUACUGGCCGAGGAGAAGGCCCAGCAAGAGGAGCGCAACCGGAUGGAGAUGAGGCGGCAGGUGACCGUGUCCUGGGACUCGGGAGGGUCCGACGAGGCGCCGCCAAAACCGUCCCGCCGGCCUUCACUCCAUCACAGCUUCAGCAUGGACUGUCUGUCUGCUGCGCCAGCGUCUGUCGGGGCUCUGCCCUUCGGCUCGCAGCUCUCGCUCUGCUUUGGGGAGCCCCCCCUGCCCCUGCCCCUGCCCUUGCACCUCCGUCCACCCGGCCAGCCCCCGCUGCUGCUGCUGCCCCAGUCCCGCCUCAGGAGGACCCCCUCUCUGCCCCCCCGGCCCCUGCUAAUCCCACAGCUGCCGCAGCACCGCCCACCACACACCUCCCCACAGCCCAGCAGGCCUGGUUACCCCAGCCCCCGCUCCAGUGAAGGAUUCUACCCCAGCCCCCAGCACAUGGGCCAGCACAACCACUACCCGAUGUCCGGUUACCCCGGCGCUCACGGAGUCCCACACAUGCCCAGUGGAGGGUACCCGCCUCAGGCGUCCGGUCUGGACACGCACGACGGCUGGAACCAUCACAGACCCCCGCAGGAGGUGCCCAUGUGGUCACCCAAAAUGGAGGACGGCGGUGCUCUGGACAUGCGGGGUCUGGGACAGGGCCUGCCUCAGCACCUGAUGGAGGAGCAGCUGAUGCUGCAGCAGCAGCAGAUGGAGGAGGACCAGCGCUGGCUGGAGCAGGAGGAACGCUUCCUGAAGCCUGACUCAAGGGCCAGCAUCGACAGGGAAGACUGCAGUCAUCAGGGUCCAACAGGAAACCAGCACAUAUACCAGCCUGUAGGCAUUAGCAAACCAGAGCAUGCAGCACCACCCAAGAAGCCUCCACGGCCUGGAGCCCCCAGUCACCUGGGCAGUGUGGCCAGUCUGACCCCAGUGGACAGCUACAAUGAAGGAGUGAAGCCCUGGAGGAUCCAGCCUCAGGAGAUCAAUCCUCCUCCCACUGCCAAUCUGGACCGCUCCAAUGAUAAGGUGUAUGAGAAUGUGACGGGGCUGGUGAAGGCGGUCAUCGAGAUGUCCAGUAAGAUCCAGCCCGCUCCUCCUGAGGAGUACGUGCCCAUGGUGAAGGAAGUGGGUUUAGCUCUGAGGACACUCUUGGCUACUGUUGAUGAGACGAUCCCCACACUCCCAGCUAGCACACAUCGAGAGAUUGAGAUGGCCCAGAAGCUGCUCAACUCGGACCUGGCUGAGCUGAUCAACAAGAUGAAGCUGGCCCAGCAGUACGUCAUGACCAGCCUGCAGCAGGACUACAAGAAGCAGAUGCUGACGGCCGCACACGCCCUGGCCGUGGACGCCAAGAACCUCCUGGACGUCAUCGACCAGGCGCGCCUUAAGAUGAUGGGCCAGCCACGGCCCCACUAGAACUGACCCGUUGGCUGAAGGGUCGCAGGCCCACAGGGGGGGACGGGCUGCCUGUUCUUGGUGGACGGAGCUUGGCACCGAAGCGGGCAAGUGGCCCUCCUCCCCCAGACUGCCUCACACCAGCAUGUAGGACUCCACAUUGGACUCUUGAGAAAGAGGGAACGAGGAGACGCCACUUCCAAGAAACUAACUACUGACUCCUCUGCCACACCAGAUGAACAGACUUCUGGCUGAUGGCAAGGCUGCUGUAAUCUAUUGUGCGUGUAUGUAUGUAUGUGUGUGUGUGUGUGUGUGUGUGUGUGUGUGUGUACUUUGGUUGUGUUGCUCAAAGGCCAAGUGGCACUCUGGAGUGAACAUGUUUGAUCACCUGGAUCAGGGUGAAGGAGCCUGGAUGGAUUAACUGGAACGUUUGCACUGAUCACCUGGUGAAACUCUGACACUUCCACUCACGCUCUCAGUAUCGGUCACCUGUCAGUGUGUGUUCAUUUCAGCUCAAAGCCAGACAGCCCUGGCCAUCUCCAAACCUACUAAAGCAACCGAGUAAAUAAAACCAUCACAAAGUAA